AAGCUAAUUCAGCUCCCAGGAUGUGUUCAGGUUUCCCUCCCCGCCUGACCCUCAGCCCUGCCUGUUUGAUGGGGACCCAAGAAAAGAUAUUUAACACGCAAAAUGACGCUGGUGUCAUUAACUCUUUCAAGCCUGUUUUCUUUGUCUCAGAGCAUGGCGAGGGGGGGUGGCUGGGUGGAAGGGCAGCCACUGUCAGGGUCACCCCUCGUCCAGAGACUGUUUGGCAGUGCAGGCAGCAGUGCAGGCAGCAGUGCAGGCAGCAGUGCAGGCAGUGCAGGCAGCAGGCAGGCCUGCCACAGGGUGCAUGCGCUACCCGGAGGCGUGGCAGCUGUUUCCGCUGUCAUCCCUGCCUGCUGCCUAGGGGAAAAGUUUUUCCUCCGGGCAGGCUGCCCGACCAGCCCGAAGGCUGUCGGAGGCUCCUCGGCAGGCAACCACAGGCAGCAGGAGCAGGUCUAUGAGGACUACGACUGCACCCUGAACCAGACCAACAUCAGUGCCAACAACAACAAGUUCUACAUCAUCCAGCUGCUUGAGCACGAUGGUGCCUACAGUGUCUGGAGCCGCUGGGGCCGUGUGGGGGAAGUGGGCCAGUCCAAGCUCAUGCCCUGCACCUCCCUGGAGGCUGCCAAGAAGGACUUUGAGAAGAAGUUUCGGGAGAAGACCAAGAACAGCUGGGCCUCAAAGGAAAACUUCGUUGCCCAGCCAGGGAAGUACACACUCAUCGAGGUGCAGCCAGGGGCUGGGCAGGAGGUGGAGGUUGCCCUCAGGGGGCUGGGCUCUCCCUAUCAGGCAGCUCCCACAGCCUCUCCCAGGCUCACAGGUGAUGCUGGGGAUCUGCAGGUGGAUAGUGUGGAUGGGGACAAAGUCUGCAAGCAGCGGGUGCUGCCCUGCACCUUGGACAAGGACACACAGGAGCUGGUGUCCCUCAUCUUCAGCAGUGACAUGUUCCGGGACGCCAUGCAGACCAUGAAUAUCGACGUGAAGAAGAUGCCUCUGGGGAAGCUGAGCAAGCAGCAGAUCGCAAGGGGCUUUGAGGCACUGGAGGAGCUGGAGGCGGCGCUGCAGGAGCAGCCCCCCCAGGCCUCUCACCUGGAGGAGCUCUCCUCCCGCUUUUACACCAUCGUCCCCCACAACUUUGGGCGGGCACGGCCACCCCCCAUCAACUCCCCUGACCUGCUCCGUGCCAAGAAGGACAUGCUGCUGGUGCUGGCCGACAUUGAGGUGGCACAGAGCCUGCAGGCACAGAAAGUGAAGGAGGAGGAGGAGGAGAAAGAAGUCCCCCAUCCGCUGGAUCAGGAUUAUGCCCUGCUCUGCUGCCAGCUCUCCCUGCUGGACUCAUCUUCCCGGGAAUAUCAGCUGAUCCAAAACUACGUGACACAGACUGGGCACAACCUCCGCAUCCUCAACAUCUGGCAGGUGGCCCGAGCUGGUGAGGAUGAGCGCUUCAAAGCCCACGACCUCCUGGAGCACCGGCGCCUGCUUUGGCACGGCACCAACGUGGCGGUGGUGGCGGCCAUCCUGAAGAGCGGGCUGCGCAUCAUGCCACACUCAGGAGGGCGUGUGGGCAAGGGCAUCUACUUUGCCUCUGAGAACAGCAAAUCAGCCUGCUACGUGGGCUGCACAUCCAAGAAAGUUGGCAUCAUGUUCCUGACGGAGGUGGCUCUGGGCAAGCCCUACCGCAUCACCAGUGAUAACCCCUCUCUGUGUCAGCCACCUGCUGGCUAUGACAGUGUCCUGGCCUGUGGCCAGACAGAGCCAGACCCUGCACAGGAUGAGGAGGUGCUGCUGGAUGGCAAGAAGGUGCUGGUGUGCCAAGGCAAGCCCAUCCCCAUGCCUGCCUACAAGAACUCCUCCUUCAGGCAGAGCGAGUACCUCAUCUACCAGGAAAGCCAGUGCCGGAUCCGCUACCUUGUCCAGCUCCGCUUCUGAGGGUGCCCGGGAAUCCUGUGGCCCUGGCCCAGCACCAGCUGAUGAUGCCCACCAGCCCAGAGGACAGUGAUCUGUACUCUGGCCACCCCACCUGGGGCUUGGCAAGGAACAGGCUGGUGUGGGGACAGAGCUUGCUUUGAGGUGAAUAAAAGCACCAUGCCUUGUACUGAACGGUGCUUGCGCUUUCCUGCCCUCGGCAAGGUGCAUGUGGUGUAGGGAACAGCGGGGGUGAGUCCCUGAAGGGAUGGCAGUGGAUGACUCUGGAGGGGCAACAGCCUUCAGAGACAAAAUCUAGUGGCUUUGAGAGCCAGCUGCCCUUGUCACUUUAGCAAGGCACACAGCUCAUGCCCAUCACUGUGGCAUCAGAGCUAUAAAGGAUGAGCAAGAUCUACUUCCCUGCCUGGGCAUGGAGGAACAUCCUGAGGGUGAGUGCCUGCCCUGACUCUAGUGCCAUUCUUGGUGCUGUGCCUGCUGCCCUGCCCCAGCCUGGCAGCCAUGCCCAGCCCCUUUCCAUGCUCACUUGUGCCAGAGAAGGGCAACUCCCAGCUGUGUUACCCUGAUGCCCCAUGAGCAUCCAUGUGCCAGUGGAGAGGAGUUGCUGCAGACCUGCCUGUGGCUCUGAUCCUCAAGCCCUGGUGACCUGGGGGCCGAGCUGUUCUUGUGGAAGGACCAGGCUUGGUGCAGCGG